CUCGGUCUUGCACUUCCACGCAUCCCAGAGCAGGACCAUGUUGAUUGUAGCCUAGAACAAAGACAGAACUACUUCUUUUUUUUUUUUAGAAGUAUUUGAAGUAAAAAAAAAAAAAAAGUAAACUGAAGAUACAGCAGAUUUGUCAUGCGUGCACGCGGAUGGAGCUCGUCCGCGCAUGCGGGCUUCGUACUGCUGUGCGGUUGUUUCUCCAUCCUGUGCGGCGUGAUGGUGCGUCAAGCCGAAGCCGGCUGCAGGGACCGGGAGAGUCCCACCUGCUGCACCGGCAGGAACAACGACUGCUUUGAGCACAGCGGCAGGAAGACGGCGUGCUACUGCGACACAUACUGCCAGAGGACCGGGGACUGCUGCGAGGACUACCAGAGUGUCUGCCAAAUAUCUGCAGCCAUUGACUGUGUGGUGGGCUCCUGGGGUCUCUGGUCCUCAUGCACGUCUCCAUGCGGGGUGGGCAGCACCGAAAGAAGCCGCCAAGUGUCCGUCCCUCCUCGAAACGGAGGCACCCCCUGCCCGGACCUCAAACAGCGCCGAGGGUGCUUCGGAAACAAUGAAAUAUGCAGCACAGCGAAAGAGGUGGCAAAGAUCCUUCCAGAUUCCUUCCAGAGGAACUUUAAGGACCCUUGGAGGAGGCCUCACAUGCUGAUAAAGGAGGCGAAGGCCAGCUACUGCGUGUAUUUGAGGGUGAAACAAGCAAGCGCGCCGUGCAAACUCCAACUGUGGAGUGCUCAGCUGGUGAGAGAGAGGCUGGUGUGUGCCGAGUGCCAGAGUGACGCCAUGUCCAAGUCAGACCGAUGUGGAGGAGGCGGCUUUGAAGGCACCAGAACUUUCUGGGCAGCAGCUUCAGUCAUAGGCUGCCAUGGCUCGUGGGUGCGAGAGUCGUCGUCCGAAGGCUGCCGAUGUCCACCUUACUCUGUCCUCUUUGUGUGAUCGGCCACACGGCCUAAGCACAUCACCACUUCGAAGGACCAGUUUGUCCACAAUCAGCUCCUGCAAAACUCUUGCAGGGCCUUUGUCAGUCAAGCCCCCAGAUCCAGAAUCUCUGGAUGGAUGGCUUCACUCAAGGAGAUCAGCAGCAUCCUGCCACUUGUAUUCGUAUUUUUCAGCUCAUACUCGAUUGUACUGCAUUACUUAGUACGCACGCAGCGACCCGUGGUUCAGUUUUGACUGACACCUUGUUGUUACUUUCUUUCCUCCAAGCACAGCAAGCUUCAUAUGCAUUGUUACCUCUUCUGCUAUCUACCUCUAUAAACGACAUUGCCUAAUAUGCAAAAACAACAAAAAAAGAUUUUGCUUUAUGCAUUUUCUACCCUUGAUCGUUAUGUUUAUUGUGAUAUAGCUACAGUAUAUGUUUUUGUAUCCUCACCUUUUUUACAGUUUAAGGCCUGAUUGAAAGUUGUUUUUGUUUUUUAUUACAAAUGGGACACAGUCUGGUCCUUUUUUUGUCCAUUUUAAACAGUGGAACCUCUAAAGUUUAUUUCAAAGAAGCUACACCAGAAUCCACAGACUUUCACCUCGACAAUGACAAUAGAACAAGAAAUGAACCUUAAAGGGAAACAUUAUCACCAAACCUAUGCAAGCGGCAAUAUAUACCUUGAUGUUGCAGAAAAAAGACCAUGUAUUUUUUUUAAACUGAUUUCUGAACUCUAAAGGGGUGAAUUUUGGCAAAUUAAACACCUUUCUGUUUAUCGGUCUUUUAGCGAUGACGUCAGAACGUGACGUUACCGAGGUAAUACAGCCGCCAUUUUCAUUUUCACAUUACAAACACCGGGUCUCUGCUCUGUAAUUUUCUGUUUUUUCGACUUUUUUGGAACCUUGGAGACAUCAUGCCUCGUCGGUGUGUUGUCGGAGGGUGUAACAACACUAACAGGGAGGGAUUCAAGUUGCACCAUUGGCAAGAAAUCUGCUGCCAGACCCCCAUUGAAUUUGCCAGAGUGUCUGCACAUUUUACCGGCGAUGCUAAGACAGACAUGGCACAGAGAUGUAUGGAUAACCUGCAGAUGCAUUUGCAACGAUUAAGUCAACGAAAUCACAAAGGUGAGUUUUGUUAAUGUUGUUGACUUAUGUGCUAAUCAGACAUAUUUGGUCGCAGCAUGACUGCCAGCUAAUCGAUGCUAACAUGCUACGCUAAUCGAUGCUAACAUGCUAUUUACGCUAGCUAUAGGUACAUUUGAAACUAGAUACCCACAUUUAAUGCGAAACAAACACUUACCAAUCAACGGAUUCAAGUUGAUCCAGUGUCACAAGAUGCGAAAGUCCUGAUCGUUUGGUCCGCACAUUUUACCGGCGAUGCUAAUAUUGCAGCCAUGCUAUGGGCCACUUCAUUAGGUACACCCAUGCUAUGGCCGAAUAGCGUCAAUAGCUAUUCGCUCAAUAGCUUCAAUUUCUUCUUCAAUUUCGUUUUCGCUAUCUGCCUCCAUAUUCCGACUAUCUGUUUCAAUACAUGCGUAAUCUGUUGAAUCGCUUAAGCAGCUGAAAUCCGAGUCUGAAUCCGAGCUAAUGUCGCUAUAUCUUGCUGUGGUAACCGCCAUGUUGUUUGUAUUGGCAGCCCUGUAUGACGUCACAGGGAAAUGGACAGUCGCAUUGCAAAUAGCGAAAAUCAAGAACUUUAAAGCUUUUUUAGGGAUAUUCCGGGAGGUGUAAAAUUUUGAAAAAAACUUUGAAAGAUAAAUCAAGCCACUGGUAUCUGAUUUUUAUUAUUUUUAAGCCUUUUGAAAUUGUGAUAAUGUUCCCCUUUAAGAGACGCCGUAGAAAAGCGGUACACGCUGCUCAGUACAAUAUAGCUAAGUCGACACUUGUAGAAAAGAACGGAACAAAGUGCGAUAGUUUUAAGUGAAGACACCAGCAUGUUAGCAUGUCUGUCAUCAGUGGUCAUCAAGGGUGGUUUUUAUUGAUUGGAAACUGUUAACUUCUUUUUACACAUGUAUGAUAACGUCAAACAAAAAAAUCUAUGGCAUUUUUAUGACAAUAAUGGGUACUUCAACUUUAACUUUUUAAGCAGUCAUCCUUUCUACCUCCAUAAGCACGCGUACCGAUUGCAAUAUUUUUCCUUUAAUAUUACAAUCUAGUCAUAUUAUAAUAUUGUUUUGAGCAAAAUGUAAACUUUUUGGCAAAAUUGAUCUUUAUUCAUACUGUUAUAGUUUGGCCCAAAUGCUGUAUUGACCUGAAUAUAAGACAACCACUUUUUCAAGCCCUAUCUUGAAUAGAUUGAAGAUUAUUCUUUAUGACAAAAAUCAAAUACUUUUUUUACAAUCAUAUUUGUAUAUCAGUGAAAUAACAGUAUUCAAAAUGGUUGUAUUUCAUAUCAUCCCUCCCCCAUUUUGCUAACUUGCGUACAGCGGGCAUCUCUCCAAGUUGUUGGGGUGUGCGUGAGUGCCAGUAAGAAAAGCUUCGCCUGGCUUUGUUGUUUGGUACUACCUGUUGGGUUCCAUAUUUACAUAUAUACAGUAAACACAAAACUCAAAACCAGUGAAGUGGGCACGUUGUGUAAAUCGUAAAUACAAACAUAAUACAAUAAUUUGCAAAUCCUUUUUAACCCAUUUUCAAUUGAAUAGACUUCAAAGACAAAAUAUUUAACAUUCGAACUUGAAAACGUAGUUAUUUUUUGCAAAUAUUAGUUCAUUUGUAAUUUGAUUCCUGCAACAAAAGCUGGCACAAGUGGCAAAAAAAGACUGACAAAGUGGAGGAAUGCGCAUCAAACACUCAUUUGAAAGAUCCCACAGGUGAACUGGCUAAUUGGGAACAGGUGGGACCCAUGAUUGGGUAUAAAAGCAGCUUCCAUGAAAUGCUCAGUCAUUCACAAACAAGGAUGGGGCGAGGGUCACCACUUUGAACAAACACUUUGAAAUUGUUUAAGAACAACAUUUCUCUACCAGCAAGGAAUUUAGGGAUUGCACCAUCUACGGUCCGUAGUAUCAUCAAAAUGUUCAGAGAAUGUGGAGAAAUCACUGCACUUAAGCACCAAGGCUGAAAACCAACAUUGAAUGCCUGCGACCUUCGAUCCCUCAGGCGGUACUGCAUCAAAAAGCCACAUCAGUGUGUAAAGCCACAUGGGCUGAGAAACACUUCAGAAAACCACUGUCAGUGACUACAGUUUUUUGCUACAUUUGUAAGUGCAAGUUAAGACUAUAUGCAAAGCGGAAAGCCAUUUAUCAACAACACCCAGAAACGCAGCCGGCUUCGCUGGACCCGAGCUCAUCUAAAAUGGACUGAUGCAAAGUUUAAAGGUGCUCUGUAGUUUGACGAGUUCACAUUUUAUAUUGUUUUUAGAAGCUGUGGACAUUGUGAACUCUGGACCAAAGAGGAAAAGAACCAUCGGGAUUGUUAGACGUGCAAAGUUUAAAAGCUGUGAUGGUAUGGGGGUGUAUUAGUUGCCAGGGCAUGGGAAACCUGCACAUCUGUGGAGGCACCAUUAAUGCUAAAAGGAACAUACAGGUUUUGGAGCAACAUAUCAUGGACGCCCCUGCUUAUUUCAGCCAGACAAUGCCAAGCCAAGUGUUACAACAGCGUGCCUUCAUAGUAAAAGAGUGCGGGUACCAGACUGGCCUACCUGUAGUCCAGACCUGUCUCCCAUUGAAAAUGUGUGGCACAAUAUGAAGCUUAAAACACCACAAUGGAAACCCCGGACUGUUGAACAAAUUAAGCUGUACAUCAAGCAAGAAUGGGAAAGAAUUCCACCUAAAAAGCUUAAAAAAAUUUGGUCUCUUCAGCUCCAAAACGUUUACUAAUUGUUGUUUGAAGGAAAGGCCAUGUCCCAACUUUUUUGCAAUGUGUUGCUGCCAUUAAAUUCUAAGUUAAUGAUUAUUUGCAUAAAAAAUAAAUAAGUUUCUCAGUUUGAAAAUUAAAUAGUUUGUCUUUGUGGUCUAUUCAAUUGAAUAUAAGUUGUAUUCUGUUUUAUUUACGAAUUACACAUUGUGCCAACUUCACUGGUUUUAGGUUUUGUAAAUGUAUUAUUAUAUUGAAAUAUCUGUUCUGUUUAUAAGACGUUUUAUCUUCGAAAACAAUAUUACAUUUAGGUCAAUACAGUACUUCUUUGUAUUUCAAAAGUUAGGUUUGAGAACACGCCCUGCGAUGAGGUGGCGACUUGUCCAGGGUGUACCCCGCCUUCCGCCCGAUUGUAGCUGAGAUAGGCGCCAGCGCCCCCCGCGACCCCAAAAGGGAAUAAGUGGUAGAAAAUGGAUGGAUGGGUUUGAGAACACUUUUUUUUUUUUACAUCGAAAACGUGUGGCGCAUAAAGAAGCAUAAAAUACGACAGCGGAGACCCCGGACGGUUGAACGACUAAAGCUCUACAUAAAACAAGAAUGAGAAAGAAUUCCACUUUCAAAGCUUCAACAAUUAGUUUCCUCAGUUCCCAAACAUUUAUUGAGUGUUGUUAAAAGAACAGGUGAUGUAACACAGUGGUGAACAUGCCCUUUCCCAACUACUUUAGCACAUGUUGCAGCCAUGAAAUUCUAAGUUAAUUAUUAUUUGCAAAAAAAAAUUAAGUUUAUGAGUUUUAACAUAAAGUAUAUUGUCUUUGUAGUGCAUUCAACUGAGUAUAUGUGUUGAAAAGGAUUUGCAAAUCAUCGUUUACAUUUACAUCUAACACAAUUUCCCAACUCAUAUGGAAACGCGGUUUGUACAUUUCAUAUCGGCGGUAACUUCUUUUUACACAUGUUGAUUGUUAAAACUUUACUUAAAAUACAUGUCUGUACAGUUAAUCCACUUUUUAUGAUGGUGACAGCUUGACCCUGAAAUAAGUUAUUUUUAAUAACAUUAUUGCCCAUGAGAAAAUGUUGUUUUAAAUAACCAAAUAUUUGAUCUUAGAGGUUCCACAAGUGUUUCCGUUCAGUUAAAUCCCAUUAUCAGGAAUAAUCGACUACUCAGGAGCUUACAGUAGAUUUAUUAGUCUUGGCUAAAAUAAAUCCAACAACUUUUUAGGCAGAAUCUUGUAGGAGUGGGGAAAAAAAAGCCAUUUAAAGGGGAACAUUAUCACCAGACCUAUGUAAGCGCCAAUAUAUACCUUGAUGUUGCAGAAAAAAGACCAAAUGUUUUUUUUAACCGAUUUCCGAACUAUAAAAGGGUGAAUUUGGCGAUGUAAACGCCUUUCAAUUGUUUGCUGUCAGAGCAAUGACCUUUCACCCGUGACGUCACAUCAUGAAGCGACCCGCCAUUUUCUCAAACACAUUACACACACCAAGUCAAAUCAGCUCUGUUAUUUUCCGUUUUAUCGACUAUUUUCCAUACCUUGGAGAAAUCAUGCCUCGUCGGUGUGUUGUCGGAGGGUGUAACAACACGAACAGAAACAGAUUCAAGUUGCACCAGUGGUUAAAAGAUGCGGAAGUCCCUCGUUUGUUCUGCACACUGUACCGACGACAGCUAUGCUACGACAGAAAUGGCAAGAAUGUGUGGAUAUCCUGCGACACUCAAAGCAGAUGCAUUUCCAACGAUAAAGUCAACGAAAUCACAAAGGUGAGUUUUGUUGAUGUUAUUGACUUAUGUGGAGUGUGCUAAUCAGACAUAUUUGGUCACGGCAUUACUGCAAGCUAAUCGAUGCUAACAUGUAUUGAGGCUAGCUGUAUGUACAUAUUGCAUCAUUAUGCCUCAUUUGUAGCUAUAUUUGCAUCCAACCUUUCCCUCCACCCACAUUUAAUGCCAAACAAACACAUACCAAUCGUUGGUUAGAAGGCGAUCGCCGAAUUCGUCCGGCCUUCCUCACGUGCCACUGUCUGUCGUGAUAUGGCACAAAAGCUUCUGUUUCUUCUUUAAUUUCGUUUUCUGUACCUGCCUCCACACUCCAACCAUCCAUGUCAAUACAUGCGUAAUCCGUUGAAUCGCUUACGGCGCUGAAAUCCGAGUUACUAUGCUAUACAUUUCUGUGUUAGUUUCUGGUGGCUUCACGCAGUGACGUCACAGAACAAUAGACGGGUGGAUAUAGCGAUGGUGUAAAUCAGGCACUUUGAAGCAGUUUUUCGGGAUAUUGCGUGAUGGGUAAAAUUUUUGGAAAAACUUCGAAAAAUUAAAUAAGCCACUGGGAACUGAUUUUUAUUGGUUUUAACCCUUCAGAAAUUGUGAUAAUUUUCCCCUUUAACAAAAUGUCAACAUCCUUAAAGGGGAACAUUAUCACCAGACCUAUGUAAGCGUCAAUAUAUACCAUGAUGUUGCAGAAAAAAGACCAUAUGUUUUUUUAACCGAUUUCCGAACUCUAAAAGGGUGAAUUUGGCGAUUUAAACACCUUUCAAUUGUUUGCUGUCAGAGCAAUGACCUUUCACCCGUGACGUUACAACGGGAAGCAAUCCGCCAUUUUCUCGAACACAUUACACACACAAGUCAAAUCAGAUUUGUUAUUUUCCGUUUUUUCGACUGUUUUCUGUAGCUUGGAGACAUCAUGCCUCGUCGGUGUGUUGUCGGAGGCUGUUUCAAGUUGACUUACGUGGAGUGUGCUAAUCAGACAUAUCAAUGGUCACGACAUGCUAGUCGAUGCUAACAUGCUAUUUAGGCUAGCUCUAUGUACAUAUUGGAUCAUUAUGCCUCAUUUGUAGCUAUAUUUGCAACCAGCCUUUCCCUCCACCCACAUUUAAUGCCAAACAAACACAUACCAAUCGACAGAUUCAAGUACACCAGUGAUCAAAAGAUGCGAAAGUCCCUCGUUUGUUCUGCACAUUUUACCGACGACAGCUAUGUUAUGACAGAUGGCACAGAGAUGUGUGGAUAUCCCGCGACACUCAAAGCAGAUGCAUUUCCAACGAUAAAGUCAACAAAAUCACGAAGGUGAGUUUUGUUGAUGUUAUUGACUUAUGUGCUAAUCAGACAUAUUUGGUCACGGCAUGACUGCCAGCUAAUCGAUGCUAACAUGCUAUUUAGGCUAGCUGUAUGUACAUUUGUAGCUAUUUCCCUCCACCCACAUUGAAUGCCAAACAAACACUUACCAAUCGACGGAUUCAAGUUGCACCAGUGGUCAAAAGAUGCAAUCGUUGGUUAGAAGGCGAUCGUUGACUUCGUCCUCGUUACCAUUGUAUGUCGUGAUAUGGCUCAAUAGCUAUCAGUUUUUUCUUCAAUUUCGUUUUCGCUAUCUGCCUCCACACUCCAACCAUCCGUUUCAAUACAUGCGUAAUCUGUUCAAUCGCUUAAGCCACUGAAAUCCGAGUCUGAAUCCGAGCUAAUGUCACUAUAUCUUUCUGUUCUAUCCGCCAUGUUUGUUUGUAUUGGCAUCACUAUGUGACGUCACAGGAAAAUGGACGGGUGGAAAUACAGAUAGCGAAAAUCAGGCACUUCAUAGCCUUUUUUCGGGAUAUUCCACGAUGGGUAAAAUUUUGAAAAAAAUUUUAAAAAAUAAAAUAAGCCACUGGGAACUGAUUUUUAUUGGUUUUAACCCUUCAGAAAUUGUGAUAAUGUUCCCCUUUGAAGAAUUUUCCCUCCCUUCCUCAUUACACAUUCAGUUACCGUCACAUGGGACUUUUAUCAAUAACAAUCCUGUUUUUUUUGUCCCUUUUUACUCCCAGUUUGUAUUCAUUAAUGGCCCAAAAAGGUCAGACACGGCACUUCUUCAUGUGUGUUUCUUCCUGCCAAAAAACAGCAGAUUAACGUAACAUUCUUGACUUGGACAACACAGCUCAUUCAAGCGCACGAAUCCCAGAUACCACACACACAUACCAGAACGUUCCUUUAAGUGCCAAAGCCGUGACUUGUUAUCCCCCUCCCCACCACAUGUCUGUGUUUGUGUGUAUAUAUUAUUAUUAAACAUUGCAUUUAUUGGUGCCGAGCAUAAUCCUCAUGUUCACUCUCCAUUAGUGAAAAAAUAAACUAUUUUAUUGUCAA